CGCUCGUCUUUCAAUUCUCACUUGCAGAUUGAGACUUACUCCAAAACGCUCUCGCACUAGCGAGUUAUGUGACUUUAGCUUUCAGCUGAACACAUGCCCUUGAUACGGUUUCAGCCCUCUCAACCUAUGCACGCUCAGUUACACAAUAUUUCGCGCCAAUUGUCUCAGCAGUUUUCUUGUCUCAGAAAAAUGAGCAAUGACAGGAGUUUGCAACUUCCCUGGGAAUCUGGAAUCACCCGGCGAAACUGUGAGUGCUUCUCUUUGAUUUUGUUUAUUGGAGAACCCUUGUUUAUUUACUCCGUAUGUUUUAUCUCCAUGUACUAGUUACACAAUAUUAUCUGUCAUGUAGUGAACUGUGGCUGUUAUUGGGACAGAUGGAGUAUAAGAUUACGAAAUGGGUCCAAGAGAGAAUUUAAUUUUUUUCCUGUAGUGGGUCUUUGAAAUUUUUCAAUGCUCAUUAGGGUUUUAUAGUUCCAGUUUUGGUGAUCAUAGGGAAAUUAAGUGGAUGGAACUUGUAACUUAUUAUAUAGUUAAUGCUUCGUUGACAUUGUAAUUCUGGUAGCGACGGAGGAAUCUAAUGCCUUACCAUAUAAUUUGGAUUAGAUUAGUGAGAGUGUGAGACUCCUGAUGAUGUACAAUUUAUAAUGCGAUAAUGAACAUGCUAGAAACAAUUGAAGUAAUUCCUUUGUUAUCGAAACAUUAGAAUUUUUGUAGUCUAUAUAUGCGACAUGGACUAUUUCUAAUGAAAAUACAUGAGUACCUGGGUCGGAUACCUUGGGUGAUGGUUGGGGAUAUGUGUCCUAUGUCAAUUUAGACAUUUAGAUCUCUUGAUUUUUAUGGUAUUUGAAAGAGUAGGGGAAAAAGAAACUUGCAUUAGCUAGAAUAACUUGUAUUUAUUCCGAAACAAAUAAAUUUUGAGGAUUUGUCUCAUAUACAUGACUAACUUUCAGACACAUAUCCCAGAUUCCCAAUGUCCUGCUAUUAGUGGUGAGCAAAAUAAUCGUCAAACUGUGAAUCUAGUCCAAACCAAUCCAAACCGAAUGGGUUAAUAAUUCGGUUUUUUAGUAAUGUGGUUUGGUCUGUGGAUUUAUUUUAACGGUUCUAGUUCCAAGCCGAUCCAAUUCGAACCAUAUAACAUAUAUAUAUAUAUAUAUAUGUGUGUGUGUGUGUGUGUGUGUGUGUGUGUGUGUACACAAUUUAUUUAGAUACACUGAACAAAAUUAAUUUCCUAAUCUAAUGCUCUAUCCACCAUCCUAUUCUUUCAUUUUCAAGAUUAAUUUCCUAAACUUUUAGACAUGAUAAACUAUCCUAUAAUUUCAAUACACUAGACAUACACGGCUUGCACUUAGUCAAUUGAUUUCCCACUAUUUUUGCUUGGUAACUAAUUUCCUAAUCUAAUACUCUCUUCCAUGGCACUAUUCCUUCACUAGUUACUUGUAUUCUACUUUUAAUUGAUUGAUGUUAGUGAGUUUUGGUGAUUUUAAAAUUACUAGCUUUAAUAUAAGUUUUGGUUUAAUUUAUCUAUGUAAUUUUAAAUACUUUAAAUAGUUUAUGGAGAUGAUAUCUCAAUUUCAAGCAAACUGUGGUUCAAAAAUGAAACUAAACCACCUUUUAAUGGUUUGGAUUGAUUUAGUUCGAUGAAUUUUCCGAGUUGGUCUAGUUUUUCAAAUUUAUAAUCCGUAGAUAGUGGUUUGAUUCUUGGUUUAUUAUUAAACCGGGCCAAUCCGGUCUAUGCUCACCCCUACCUGCUAUUUUAGCUUUGGAAGAUUUGAUAUUUUUACAUGCACCCGCAUGGCCGCAUACAUAGUCUUACCAAUCUCUAUGUAGAAUAGGCUGUAGUUAAAUAUUUGCAAACUUGAAAUGCAUUAAUGCAUGCCAUCUAUUCUGGCUAGAUCAAUUCUUCUUGGAACUCCAUUUUCAAUACUCAAGUAUUCGAAUUUUGGUUUCCCAUUUUUACAAAUGCAUAGGUUGGGGUUGGUGGCCGUUCACCUAUUGUGUCUUCUAUUGCCGAGGGUGGAUAUUCAUUUGUCGGAGGGAAAACUUUGCAGUGGAAGAUGGUUGAUAUUGUUUUCGAACAUCCUAUGCCUUUGGCUGCUUCAAAUUCUGUCUAUGAUGAGAAAUUCCGUCCACUUUCUAGUUGUAUUGGUUUUACUUCUAAGAACAAAAGGAGAACUAAGAUUGACUUGACAACUCAUGUUGAGAAGAAAUUGAAGGAAAGGCCCAGGGAUAUUGGUCUGUCACAAAUUGAGGCCUCACAUGCAACAAAUCUUAAAAGCAAAUAGGAUGAGUCUUUGUUGCCUACAAGUUUUGGGAAGAAGCAGCAUCAUUUUCCUGUGAAACGACAGAAGCGACGGCAAAUUAUUUCCGGGUACUCAGUGGGUGCUGUGAAAAUUGAUUCUGCCAAUGGUAUGCCUCUUCUUGAAUCAUUUGAUAUCUGCCUCCCUGAAGUUGCAAGAUCUUCCUUAUCGGACUCAUCCUUGAAUGAGAAGAACAUAGAAGAACUGAUUGAAAUGGAGCACUCAACGAAAAAUACUGGACAAGUUCUUAGGCAAAGGAUGGUCUUGUUAAAAGGUUACAUAACCCUCAGCGAACAGGUUAAAAUAGUAAAGAUAUGUCGGAUGCUUGGUAUUGGCCCAGGAGGUUUUUAUCAACCUGGUUACAGAGAUGGGGCAAAACUUCGUCUGCAGAUGAUGUGUCUUGGUCAAGAUUGGGAUCCACAGACGAAGAAGUAUGAAACUCACCGAGCAGUUGAUGGUUCUGAACCGCAGGCCAUACCUCAUGUAUUUCAUUCAUUAGUUCAACAAGCAAUUCAAGAUUCUCAUGCCUUAGUUGGAAAGCAUGAUGAAGUAUGCAAUGUGGAAGACAUAAUUCCUGAUAUGUCACCAAACAUAUGCAUUGUGAAUUUCUAUACAAACAUUGGGCGACUUGGUCUUCAUCAGGAUCAUGAUGAAAGCAAAGAGAGUCUAGACAAAGGAUUACCAGUUGUCUCAUUCUCCAUUGGUGAUUCAGCAGAAUUCCUUUAUGGAGAUCAAAGGGGUGUCAACAAGGCAGAGAAACUUCUAUUGGAAUCAGGAGAUGUAUUGAUAUUCGGCGGAAAGUCUAGGCAUAUAUUUCAUGGGGUGUCAUCUAUUAUCUCCAACUCAGCUCCUCUAGCUUUGGUGGAAGAAGCAAAGGUCCGGCCAGGCCGUCUUAAUCUUACAUUCAGACAAUUUUGAAAAAUGUAGCUGUUCUACCUACUGGCCCACCAUAAGGGAUUAGACAUAUGCUUCUUGCAAAGAAUUGUCACAUUUUUGUUUACGUUCCUUCUUGUAUAUUUGACUGGUAAAAAUAAGCGUUAAUACCACAUUGUAGUUGAAUUGUUUUGAACUUUGGGUACCAUUUAAUUGCCGCUGAUGUAUAGGUGAAAUGGGCCCCACUUGUCAUGAUUUUAUGCCGGUGCAUUGAUGACAUAUCAGAUGGUACCCUCAAAUGUGGUCACCAAUCACUGUAGCAUUAUUUUUGCUUUAUAGAUACAUCCAUGUAUAGCAUUUUAUGAACUGGAAUUCAUGUUCGGGUCGUGUUUAAAAAGAUCAAUUAUUUGUAAUCA